CAACGAUAGCGGCUCAACCUCAAACACGUACAACAGCAACGACAAAUGGAACAACAAAUGGACUUAUUCAACAGUCUGAUUCAACACCAACUCUUCAUCCACAAUACCAUCAUCAACUAAUAUUACAACAACAACAGCCUCCAGUACCAUCUUCAAAUUCAAAUUCAUCUUCAUUGUCUUCGUCCCCAUUACAACAACAAAAUGUCAAUCAUUCAUCCUCAAAUUCUUAUCCAAAUGGAUUAAAUGAAUUUCAAUCUCAAACGUUAAUGAACAGUAGUCAAAAAAUUAGUCAAUCACCAGAUCAAAAUGACACCGCUCAAUCAAAUUCUAUUUUAAAAUCUUUAUCAAUCAAUAAUAAAUCUCCACAGAAUAAUCAAUCAUCUAGUACUCCACCAGAUGUGAGUACACCAUCUUCAUCGACUACCAGUAGUGUCAGCAUAUCAAAUACACAAAAACGUUUACAUGUAUCAAACAUACCGUUUCGUUUUCGAGAUGAAGAUUUAAAAGCGAUGUUUGGGCAAUUUGGCGAUAUUGUUGAUGUUGAAAUUAUAUUUAAUGAACGUGGAUCAAAGGGUUUUGGAUUUGUAACAUUUGCUUUAUGUGAAGAAGCUGAUCUUGCACGAGAAAAAUUACAUGGUGCUGUUGUUGAAGGAAGAAAAAUUGAAGUGAAUAUGGCUACAGCUCGAUCACAAUCAAAACCAAAACAAGUUGUUCCAAAUUCAUUUGGUGUGAUGAUGAAUGGUCGACAACGUCCAACAUUAAUUCCAGCAUCACAAGCGGGCUUAAGAUCGGGUUUUACGACAAGUGUUGCACUUCCUGGUGGAUAUGCAAUAUAUUCUGAUCAGUUAGCAGCGCUUGGUGGUAUGGCUGCUUAUCCAUUAACUGCACAAAACGGAGGUGUUCGAUACAUUACAACAGCGCCCGGUGUCGGACAACCAGGUGGAACAUAUGCGAUUGGUGAGGAUCAUUCUUUACCCUAUAUUAGUGUUCUUCCAAUGGCAAAUGGAAGUGGUCAACCAACUGGUUAUAUUAUAAAUGGUCAGCCAACUCACAUGGCAACGACUCAACAACUAGGACAUGCUUAUCCGGAAACUGCUUAUAUAACUACUGCUCCGGGAACAAUCGGACCUAUCUCAGUAUUAUCCCUGUUUUAUCAGGCUGGGAUCCGCACGGACCCUAGGUGGACAACAAGUGGUUGCCCUAAACGUGGUCGUGUCAGGGUUAACUCACAUUUCUUUUAUUCUAAUGCAAUCGCAUUUAUGUCUGAACCAACUGAAAAACGUUCAUGUACACUCGAGAAUCGUAUUAGCGAACUUUUCGCUCUGAAGGACAAUGAGCAAGCAAUGAUUAAUGCUCUUGAUGCUCUCGUCAAAGAUUUUGGUCAAAAGGAAGUACAAACGUGGCGAAAUCAAUCAACAAAGCACAAGCAUUCAUUAAUUCUCGAGCUCAUUCUCACAUGGCAUACUCAGCUCGUUCGACAUGCAGUGGAAAAAUAUAAAUUCGAUUUGAACGUUCAGCGUGAAAGUGACGACAACACACCACUCCAUCUUUGUGGUUGGUAUCAGAAAGCAGAAAUGUUCGCGUUACUCAUCGAAUUAGGUGCCGAUACAACAUUGAAAAAUAAAUAUGAUGAAUUAGCGGCAGGUUUGAAUGAAUAUCAGCAAAAAGCAAUGAAUAUCGUGUGGUUGGAUACAGGCAAGGUUUUCUUCUAUUGCAGACAUCAAUCUCUAAUCACAAUCAUUCCUAUUUUAGAAUUAACAUCAUUAGAUGAUCCCCAUAUUCUCGAAUGUGCUAUUAUUAUCACUGAUAAAGACUUAAACGAAUUAGAGCGAGGUAACUGGAUAAUACACUACGAGCAAGAUGAACUUGAUAAAUUGUCAGAGUGGCAUCAGAAAGCAUUUACAGCUCGUGAUAAAGGUGGAAAUGGUCUAUUUGAAGAUUUAGUCAAAUCCGGCACACAAAAGGAGCAGAUGGAAGAAGAAAUAUUGGAAUUAUUAAAGCGUCAUUGUCCACGAAAAGGUUGCCCACUAGCUGGUAGUUCGAUCCAUUGUGAUCGUGAAGUUAUCAAAUUGAGAAUGCCCCAAGUCUACGAAUAUAUGCAUUAUCGUAUCAUUGACGUGAGCAGUUUUAUGGGCGUCAUGGGACGAUGGUCAUCUGAAAAGAUGGUAGAAUUGGAAAAAGAACUCGAAAUGAAAACAAAAUCCCUAGAUGGCAAGCUUCAUCGAGCAAUGCACGAUGUCCAACGAUCGAUUGAAAUAUUAAAAUUAUUUCGUCCAUUGUUUUUGAAUCAAUAA